GAUCAGCUUGACCCGGAAGUAUUACUUCUCCGCUGCAUGUAGUCGUCUUUCUUUUGCGGCACAAAAACAACAAGAGAUCUCCCGUGUUCUAUAACCCAAACGCUUCAUAAAACGACAGAUUACAGAUCAGUCAGCAGACAUCAUGGGAGUUCCCGCCUUCUUCCGCUGGCUGAGCAGGAAGUACCCGUCAAUUGUCGUUCACUGCGUGGAGGAAAAGGGGAGAGAAUGUAACGGAGUCCGUGUCCCUGUGGACACGACCAAGCCCAACCCCAAUGAGGUGGAGUUUGAUAAUCUGUAUUUGGACAUGAACGGGAUCAUCCACCCCUGCACUCAUCCAGAGGACAAACCGGCACCUAAAAACGAAGAUGAAAUGAUGGUUGCUAUUUUUGAAUACAUUGAUCGGCUGUUUACCAUCGUGCGUCCGCGAAGGGUCCUCUACAUGGCCAUCGAUGGAGUGGCUCCAAGAGCCAAAAUGAACCAGCAGCGCUCACGACGAUUCCGUGCCUCCAAAGAAGGAGUUGAGCUGACAGACGAGAAGAACCGCAUUAGAGAGGAGAUCAUCCAGAGAGGAGGUUACCUUCCCCCUGAAGAAAUCAAAGAGAGGUUCGACAGUAACUGCAUCACUCCGCUCAGCCCAACCAUGACCCCAACACGCACCACUGCCUGUGUGGAGCUGACGCUGACCUCAUCAUGCUGGGUCUGGCCACUCACGAGCCCAACUUCACCAUCAUCAGGGAGGAGUUCAAACCCAAUAAACCCAGACCCUGCGCCCUCUGUGGACAGAUGGGUCACGAGCUGAAGGAGUGUCAGGGCGUGGCCAGAGAGAAGAAGGGACAGCACGAUGAGUUUGCAGAUACGAUACCGACGGCAGAGCAGGAGUUUAUUUUCAUCAGACUGUCUGUUCUCAGAGAGUACCUGUCCAGAGAGCUGACCAUGGCCAGCCUGCCCUUUCCCUUUGACUUUGAGAGGAGCGUGGACGACUGGGUCUUCAUGUGCUUUUUUGUAGGAAACGACUUCCUGCCUCAUCUUCCAUCUCUAGAGAUCAGAGAGGGAGCUAUAGAUCGACUGGUCGGCAUCUACAAAGACGUUGUUCAUAAAACCGGAGGCUACCUGACGCAGAACGGCUUCGUUAACCUGGAGCGGGUGGAGCUUAUCAUGCAGGCAGUGGGCGUGGCCGAGGACAACAUCUUCAAGAAACGCAAAGAGGAUGAUGAAAACUUUAAGAGGAGAAACAAAGAGAAACGAAAGAGGAUGAAGGCUGAGCAGCGGGGUCCAGCCUUCCUGACCACCGGUCAGUUCGCCCCUCAGGCCCUGGGGAGAAGAGACCGACCCGAUCCCGUCCAGAACGCUCGGCAACAGGCCUACAACAUGAGGAUGCAUUCCAACAUGGAUGCUGCUCAGUCACUCAAAGCCAUGAUGAAGAACGGAGGAAACUCGUCUGCAGGCUGCAGCGACGGCAGGGGACAGAAGAGGAAAACUGAAGACAGCGACAGCGAGCCUGAGCCUGAAGACAACGUCAGGCUGUGGGAGGAGGGCUGGAAGCAGAGAUACUAUAAGACAAAGUUUGACGUGGAUGCUACAGAUGAUGGUUUCAGGAAGAAGGUGGUCCAGUCCUAUGUGGAGGGUCUGUGCUGGGUUCUGCGGUACUAUUACCAGGGCUGUGCUUCCUGGAAGUGGUAUUUCCCGUUCCACUACGCUCCGUUUGCCUCCGACUUCAGAGACAUCAAAGAGAUGUUCUCUGAGUUUGAGAAGGACACUAAACCAUUUAAGCCUCUGGAGCAGCUGAUGGGAGUAUUUCCUGCCGCCAGCGGUAACUUCCUGCCAACAACAUGGAGGAACCUGAUGGUCAGCCCGGACUCUUCAAUCAUCGAUUUUUACCCUGAUGACUUCGCCAUUGAUCUGAACGGGAAGAAAUACGCCUGGCAGGGUGUGGCUUUGUUACCUUUUGUGGAUGAACGGCGGCUGAGGGCGGCGCUGACUGAUGUUUAUCCUGACCUCACACCUGAUGAAGUCAGGAGGAACAGUCUGGGAAGUGAUGUGUUGUUUCUGGGAAAGUUCCACCCGCUGUUUGACUUCAUCCAUGAGCUGUACCGCUCAGAAACUCCUGAGGUUUCUGUGAUCCCUGCAGAACUGUGCCACGGACUCCAGGGUAUAUUAAACCUGGCUGAGGACCCAGUUCUACCAGAUAAACCACUGAGGUCACCGAUCCCAACUCUGCGGGACAUUUCACACAGUACUGCCAUCAAUGUGAAGUUUAAAGACCCUCACUUUUCUGCAGAGUUUGUGUUUAAAGCCGUCCUCUUGCCCGGAGCAAAGAUUCCCAACAAGGUCCUGAAGCCGGAGGACUGGGAGAGAAGGAACCGGGAACCAUGGAGACCCCAGCUGGGCUUCAACCCAAACAGACAACAGGCUCACCUGGACCAGUCAGCCUUCAGGGCUCUUAGUCACAGUGUGAACAGAAACCAACACGGAGGACAAUACAGCAACAUUCCUCCACCCAGCAGCUACCACCAGGGCAUAUACCGUCCUCAAAGCAGCAGCCACCAACAGUUCCAACAUUCCAGACAGAACUCGAUCAUGGGAGCCCCUCCAUCCUUCAGUCAUCAAUCUCUUUUUCCGAG